AUGCUAUGUGAUUAUGACAAUGUGGUGGCGCAAAGAGAUUGUCUACAGGAAAAGUUGAUCUCAAUUGAAUUAUGGAAGGAGUCUAUCGUGCAAAACCAGAACGAUAUGUUCGGUCAGUUGAUCGGCAGAUACGACUAUCUAUGUAGUUCGUUCGCUUCGCAGCAGGAACAGGGCGUCAAAGAUCAAAAAGAAAAUGAACAGCUACGGUGUGAACUGGGAGAGUUGACGGACAAAAUUCAGCUGCAGGAAAACGUGAUCUGUGAAUUGCAACAUGCCAAGUUGGAACUCAAGAAUGAAAAUUGUAAAUUGCACAAAAAAGUGGCUGAACUGGUCGAAAACGGUAAACAGUUGUGCAGCAGAUUGGAACAAGCAGACAUACAGUUGCAGGAGAGCGAGCGGGAGUUGACCAGAGCGCAGAAAGCGUCGGGCGACAAGAAAUGCGAACGCGCCGAACUAGAGAACCGAAUAACCGAAGUCCAGGCACAGAACACGUGUUUGAAAUCGUCAAUGACCGAGUUGAAAAUCAAAAUGGAAAGCACCAUCAGCAAAUUGCAGACGGAAAUGAACGGGCUGCAGUGCCAGUUGGGUUCGAAAUCGACCGAAGUGGCCGAAAUCAAAAGAUACCUGGAAGACCGGCAACAGAAGUUGGAUGCGCAAGCCGAUCGGAUAGGGCGGCUAAAAAAGAUCAUUGAAGAGCUUCAGGAGGCGCGUUUGCAAGACAAGUGCAAGACGGACGAAGAAAUGUGCGAACUCAGGGCCGAAGUCGAAGCGGUCGGCAAAGAGUUAACGGCGGCCAACAGAAAGGUGUGCGACGCGCAAACCGAGGCCGAGAGACUUAGAUGCCAAAAGGACGAGCAAGUGAUGGUCAUUCAACGGUUGGAGUCGGCGUUGGACCAACAGCGUCAAGCGGCCAAAAAAAGCAAGCAAUGCGCCGAACUGGCAGCGCAAAAACAUACCACUGAACGGGAACAAUUGAACAACCAGUUGAAACUCAACGAAAGGAAGAUCAGCUUGAUGAAACAAGACGCGUGUGAGCUGAAGCGCGUCAUCGAAGACCGUUGCCGACAGAUAAAACGUCUCAAAGCCCAAAUAGCCGAAUUAAAGUGCACUUCCAAUCAAAACAACGGUUGCGACCAACCGGACUCGUUUACGUCAAUAUUGGAUAAGCAUUUGGAAGUAAUGACUGACGAAAGAGAAUCUGAGUUAAAAACACAAUUUUCACCGCAAGUCGAGAAAGACGACUGGGAUUUCAAAUCGAUGGCCAACACCAUGAAAAUGCAUUUAGACGAUUUCAGCGAAUCGUUUAACGAAAUAAAAAAAUUGUUCAAAAGAGAUUGCGAUAAAUAA